GUUAAGCUGCGCGGCAGACAACAACCACCACCCUCCAGUUUCACGUCUUGCAAGGCCCCCCUUUACUUCUCACACAGUCUUCCCCGUUGACCUGCAUCUCUUCUCUGGUGGCGCAAACUAUGUUUUGCUGACUAUCCCAUCCAUGGCUUUGGAUCUGGCAUGCGCUGAGAUCCCUUAAAAGAGGCGUCCCGACCGACGUCAUCAUGGACCAGGAUGCAGAAAACAGCAGCAGCAGCAGACGACCACCACUCGCAGAUCGAGAUCGAGAGGCCACCGACAAUGAGAACAACAGACGUACAAGUCACCGGUUACGAUCUACAUCUACAUCUACACCUUCUGCCAUUCCGGUCGCAGAUUUGAACUCGAGCCGAUCCGACCUUCCUAGUGCCGCUUCCGUCUCGGUUUCAAACGCGAGCCGCAACGUACCUCUCAUCCAUCGAGAUGACUGGGCCAGCGACCUCCCUGAUACCGAACAUAUACGCUUCUUCAAGGAAACAGAUUGGGCUGCGACUCGAUUGGGAGCUUUGUCAACAUGGGGAAUUGCAUUGCGACUGCACACCAUGACGGUAAUGGCCGACUCACAGGCUGGCUGCGUUUAUUGGGGUCCCGAGCACGUUGCAAUCUACAAUGAAGCUUUUAUGCCACUAGCAGGAAAGACUCACCCCAAAUUGAUGGGCAGUAGCUUUCAAGAAGGCUUUCCGGAGUUAUGGAGUGCAAUGAAAUCAGUGUUCGAGGGAGCAAAACAAACUCGAGCCGCUGUAGACGUGGUGGAGAUGGAGAUGUUUGUCGAACGGAAUAGCUUCACUGAGGAGACAUAUUUUUCUGGCAACUUUGUCCCGAUCAGAGGUGACGAUGGAAUGAUCGAGGGCUUUCAUAACGCUGUGUUCGAGAUUACCAGGAACAAGAUCGAUAAGCGACGACGAACAAUGUUGAACUCGAUGCAAGUACCCGACGGACGCAGUACCCGCCGAUUAGCCAGUUUCGUGAUGCCGGCACUAGAAUCUAACCCAAAGGAUUUCAGCAUGGCUAUGCUCUACACAGCCGACGAAGAUACGGUUCCAGACUCAAUCGUCCUACGGCUUCGAGGAAGUAUUGGAGUUCCGACCCACCACCCACUUUCGAAGGAAUACUUAAGUCUUGAAAGUGAUGAGGGCAUUGUGCCUCUCUUACGACAAGCCCGAUGGAGAAUGGCCACUGUCCCAGUUGAUGAGAGACUGGAUGGUAUUGAAUGGCAAGGCUUCGGAGAGGCGCCGAAGUCUAUAAGCAUUCUUCCUAUCCAAGAUACCAAGAGACUAUUUGGUUUCCUUGUGGUUGGUACGAAUCCGCGAAGACCUAUCGAUGAUGAUCACUUCCAAUUCAUGCGAGAUGUAUCAUCUAUCACUUACCAGAUUACUGCUGCAAUCCUUAGCGCCGAAGAGACUCUCACGAGAGAAGCACGACUUCUGAAGGAGAUUGAAGAGAGUACCAGGCUCCGUCGGUAUAUGGCUGAGAAUGCGUCUGUGGGGAUGCAAUAUAUCUCACCUGAUGGUCGAACUCUCUGGGCAAACGACGAGUACUAUCGACUGACCGACCAUCCACGCGAUCGUGAAACUCAAUACAAGUUAUCCUUCAUUGAUGUGUUCAUUGAGGAGGACAAACCUCGAGCACGGGACGUAUGGCGCCGGUUACUUAGUGGCGAGACGAAGGUCACAGCAGAUUUACGUGCAACAAAGAUAUUCACGCCGCCAUACGGUGAACCUGAACCAGUCACUAUAUUGGCCCAUUCAUUCCGUGUCGAAGAGAAUGGCGAGUUGAAGUCCAUAAUGGCAUUCACUACUGAUAUCAGCGCAUUCAAGUGGGCACAAGCUUCAGAGGCGAGAAAAGCGGCCCAAGCUGAGGAAGCGAAGAGGCAACAAGAGGAAUUUAUCGACUUUGUGUCUCACGAGCUUCGAAACCCUCUCUCUGCGAUUUUCCAAUUAGCCGAGACCAUUAUCACCUCGUUCCCAGCUGGAGAACGUGCUUCUAUGUCGAAGGACGAUCUAAUAGCUGCGCUUCAAGGAAACAUCGACAAUGCCAAUACCAUCCUGAUGUGCGCCAAGCAUCAAAAACGCAUUGUUGAUGAUGUCCUUACGCUGUCCAAGCUCGAGUACACAAUGCUCUCAGUUUCUCCUCGACCUGUUCAGCUACCAAAUUUGGUCUGCAAAUGGAUGAAGAUGUUUGACUCCCAACUUCUCUCCAACAAUAUCAAAGCCUCCAUUAUCCCUAACUCGUCUAUGCUCGAGCAUAAAGUUAAUUGGGUUCUUUGCGACGAGUCUCGAGUUCAGCAAAUUUUCAUCAACUUGAUGACAAACGCCAUCAAGUUCACCAAGUCGGAGACUCGAAGAGAGAUAACUGUGGAGUUUGGUGCAGUCCCAUCCGAUCCUAGGAGUGCCUUCUCGGACAAGAUAUGUUGGGCUCAGACUCAUCGCGAUAUGGAAGAUCUCACCCGAAGUGCUGAGUGGGGGCUUGGUCAACCAAUCUACUUCACACUGUCCGUUACAGAUACCGGUAUUGGCAUGUCAGAUGAUGAAAUCGAGAGGCUCUUUGGUCGAUUUGAACAAGCCAAUGCUAGAACCACCAUCAAAUAUGGGGGCUCCGGACUAGGUCUGUUCUUGUCCCAGAGAUUAACAGAGAAGCAAACAGGAGAGAUUGGUGUGGCUUCUGAACCCGGCCACGGAUCUACCUUCGCUUUUUAUGUCAAAUCUCGUCGUACAGAAGAGCCACUCGCAAUUACAGCUUCCUCUCCUGGACGAGUUGCAUUGCCGGUCCGCGCCUUAACUUCGGCUACUCUUCCUGUUCCUUCCACCACCUUCGAAUCUCCGAAAGUCAACCUCGACAAUAUACACGUUCUCCUUGUCGAAGAUAACGACGUUAAUCAAAAGGUCGUAUCAAGACAAUUACAGAAGGCAGGCUGUGUAGUGUACAUCGCCAACCACGGUGUCGAGGCACUCUCCAUUCUCCGAGAAAGCGAUCUCUGGUUUGAGCCUUCCCAAUCCUCGACAUCGACAUCGACUUUCACGCCCAAGCACAUCGACAUCAUCCUGAUGGACUGGGAGAUGCCAGUAAUGGACGGCCUCACGUGUUCGAGAGAAAUUCGAACAUUACAAGCACAGAAGAAGAUCGUCCGACACGUCGACAUUAUCGCCACGACGGCGAACGCGCGGGACGAGCAGAUUUCGGUUGCGUUGGAGAGCGGGGUGGAUGAGGUGGUUAGCAAGCCGUUCAUGGUGGCGGACUUGCUGGUGAGGAUCCGAGAGCGGUUGAGCAUGCCGCUGCGGAUGGCGGUGGAGAGGGCGGUCACGGCUCCAGUUCCGUAGAUUGGGGGGCCGUUAGAUGACGAUAACGAUGAUGAUGAUGAUCGAUGAUACCCAUGUUCUGUAGAUAAUAGGAUAUUCCUCGGCGAGAGAGCCGAGAUGAGAUGAAUGCAUCAGAGACUU